AUGUCGUUCGACCAACCGAUUGGCGCUCCAUUUACAUUGGCCUCGCUGUCCAGGCCCAUCGGCUCCACCAACGGCCAUGUUCACGCUGCUGGAGUAUGCAGCAUUAGCGGCAUAAAGAAGAGGAAGCGCACCGAAAUCGCAGUCGGUGUCGAUGGAGAGGGUGUAUCCAUAUACAGCCUCCAAAAUCCUCAACUCGUCACUUCCUAUGCGCUACCGCCGAGCGCAACCUUCGCGGCCGCCCCAUACUCGAUCUAUCGCAAGGGCUCCUCGAAGACUUCGACACAACGCUUUACCUACGUUUCCUUAGCCGCGUCGUCACCAGCCGAGAAGCCCUCACUCGUGUGCUUCCACGACAAGUCUUCUGGCGACCACACCGAGACCAGCAAGACCUCGUAUACGCCCUCCGAUGUUGCGCGCGUCUCGUCACUCGACUCGCUCCCUGUCGCACCUGGCGGCUCAACCAAUGAUGCGACGCACGAUAUACUGGCGACUUUCGACAAUGGAGAUGUCAUGUCUUUGUCGGCCGAUCUCCAGGACGUCCGCUGGGCCGUAAACCUGAAGGUCCUCCUGCCGUCCAGAGGCACCGACGUGGAUAUCGAGCACAUUACCCUCGCCAGUGCCAGGUCGGUCAUACGAGGGCUCCUGCGCAGCCGACAAGACAUCGCUACCAUCUUGGAUCCCACUCCAGACGAAACCUCGGAUCUUCUCGACCUUGUUCAGGUUCUCUGCAUCGUCGAACGUAAAGCAGACAAAACGAGGACACUCACCCUUGUUCAAGUACAGCCAAGAUCCGUCGAUCUUACUACGAACCAGCUCUCGCCGCUGAAACACCUAGUUUCGUUGGACCUACCGCAACCAAGGGCCUCAGCCGCACGGGUUCCUACAUCUCAGAUCGCUCUAUACCCUUCCAGUGGUGCCCUUCACAUCUUCGCCAAUGGGAACUUGCUAUCUUACGACUUGUCUGGAACCGUACCAAAGCUCCAGUCGGAAUUUGCGCUUCCCGGGUCGGCUGUCGACUCUUUCCUCAGAACUUCCCAAGAUGUCAUCUUCACCACGUCACAAAACACAUGCCGAGUGUUCGAUGUCAAGUACAACUCUUUGCAAGCUGUGCAAUCCAUGAGCGCUAGUCCGUCCACAUCAGAGUCUCUUAGCCCAUCGAAGAAGAGGAAGCAUACGCAGCCCGAGAGCGAUGAGCAGAAGGUUUCACCAUGCAGCCUCGUGGCGUACUACGCUGACACCGGACUGAUUGUUGCUGCUCGAGAGGACGAGAUAUUUGGUAUGCAGUUUGGUGGAGCAGGAUCGCGCAAACGGACCAAGACCGAAGGUACUCUUCUCAUCGACGCUCUCGGUAAGGGGAUCGCACCAGAAUCGACUCUCAGCACAGGCGACGCUCAGAAAUGGCAGGAGCGAAAAUGGAAGCUCAACAAGUACGCCACAAGGGGUAAGAUUGCAAAAUUCGAGCGAUCCUUUGCGACGGACCUGGGUAUCGACGUUGAGUCUGCCGAUGCAGCUCAGAAGCAUGAGAAUGAGGUAAAUGGCGGACCCUUGACGAACGGAGGGGGCCCAAGUCUUCCUGACGAGGAUGCCAUGGUCGUUGACAAACUCGACGAUGAAACUUCCAAGGAUGACCUGCCCCGAUGGACAAUCCCCAAAACCAUUCCAGGACACCAACGACAGCAAUACCGUCAGUAUGCACUAUAUGCAUUGAGUAAGAUUUUCUACUGGGUAGAUGCCACCGAAGAGGAAUCACAAGGACAGUUGAGAGUCGGCUUCUUCCCGCCCAACGUUUUCCAGUGGCUCCUACAGAUUGGACAUCUUACCAAGGAGUCCAUCCGCAGAUCCCUUUUUGAUGGAACAAACGAGCAAAUGCAGUCAGCUUCCGCUAUCGUGGAUGGGGAUAUCGUCAAGGCUUUGGUCGAAUAUGACCCCGAUCUGCACAUCCUCUCGGCGGUACUCAAUCACACUCAGUUCCUCCCAGUGGGCGAGGUCGUUCAAGCUAUCAAGCUUCUCAUCCAAAGUAUAGAUGACGAGCCAAAGGACAACGAAGCAACUAAGCUUUUGACGAAUGGCACCAAUCCAUCAGACGAUGACAUGGACCUGGACUUUGCUACCGAGCUCGAAGCAGCCUCGCACGAAAUCGAUCAUGCCUUGUCGGUGCUUGACCAUGGUCUGUUGACGCGCAGCCACACACUGCGACCCGCUCUGAUCCGGCUCCAUACCUUCUCAGCACCAAUAGUCAGUGCAACUCUUCGCUCAAUGUUGCCGCGGCGAGACCUCGAAUCGCUGAUUCGCCUUCUGCAUCUGGAGUUGAAGAACGGUGGGUGGUCUUCGCCACUGGGCUUUGUAGAGACAGAGUCGCCUCAUGCUGAGAACUCAGGCGAUGACCCUGACGACCAUGCAGUCGCCAUCAUUGCUUCUCUUCUCUCUACCACUCUCGACGCCAUUGGCGCAGGAGCUUGGUUGGCUUCUGUCGGUACAAUCUCCGCCUCAGAGACCGGGGAAGACAUGCUCAAAUCAUUAAACCGGGACGCGUCUGUAGCACUCAGUGGUUUCUUCGAAGCUCAUUUCAUACGUGGUCUACUUUCAGAGUUCCUACGCUACGCUUCCACCGUACCGACCUCGAAGAAGCCUUCUAACAAGACUUUGGAGGUACAAGGCAAACCAUUCGGUGUCGCCAGCAAGCUUAGUGGAGAGGAAGAUUUGCCUAUGCUGCCGCUUGGAGCCAAGGCAGACCAGGGCGUGGAGAAGAUGAAGAGCGGCAAGGGAGGAAAGAAGGAGCCGCGAAGCAAGAGAGAGAUGGGUAUGCUGAUCAGUAAACGCGUGCCGAAGUACAGCUUCGAGCGCAUUGUUGUAUAG